GCUUCCCUUUUCUAUUUCCUCGAUUCAAUAGAAAAGCUUCUGUAGUUUUUUGCUUCUCCGAUGGUGUUUCAAUGGUUACCUGAAGAUGAUUAUGUUCUCAUAAAGUCACUCGAGGAUGGAACUUCUCUAGAGACGUUGGCUAAAGGAGCAGUGAGAUUCUCUCGGAAGUUUACACUUUCGGAACUUAAAGAUCGAUGGCAUUGUCUUCUUUACAACCCUAAGGUUACAUCUCUUUCUUCAUCUGUCGGAUUUGAGCUUCAAUACGGAGCUCAAUUCAAUCCACAAGGUCACUAUUAUCACUCAAUACCAGUCAGAACUCAGUACUACACUGCCCAAAAGAAGAGGCGUUUGGAGUUGCAGGAGUCUCUUAAGGUCAAUAACAAUGUCAUUGAUGAACAUCAUUAUGUGGAUGAUGGGGGUAUGUUUGAAGAAUAUGAUGACUUUACUUUCAAGUUUGAGGACAUUGAAAAUUUUCAGAAAGCUUUCCCAGACAUUAUGUUAUCCUCUCAUGAUGAUCAACAAGAUGUUAAUUAUCAGACAACAAUGUUUGGUAAUGAUGAUGAUGUUCGAAUGGUGGAUCAGAUGUUAAACAUCAACAAUGAACAGAUUCAAGAUUGUGAUGUUACCGUAUUAGCAACAACAAUAGACCAUGUUAUGCUUCAAGAAGUGUUUCAAGAUCCUCUGUUUCAACAACCUAAUACAUCUUUCAAUGAGAUUAUAUCACAAUCACAUGAGCAAGUAAGCCCUGAUGAAGCAGAGAUUUGGAAUCCUCUACAGUCUUAUCAAGGCUUGCCAGACAUAGGAGAGGAAGCUUGUCGUAUGGUUGUGCCAUUGUGUGAAUUGGAUCCACAUCCAGAAAUAAUUAACGGUGUUAUCAUAUGUGUUCUAAACCGCGAGUCCGAUGAGAUUCCAGAUAACGAUGAUAUCAACCUGAAACUGAACAAUUGUAAAGCUCGAAACUCGAGUAAUCCUUCAUCAUCAUCAUCAUUGAGGAAGCAUAUAAAACCAUCUCUGCCUUCAACAUCAUCACAAGCAAAGGGUAAUAACAGUGUCGACAGUUAUGGUUUAGGAGAUUGUGCUGUCACAACACAAGCUAGUUGUUCUUCUGCAUCCAGUGGUAGCUCUUCCGAGAAAGAGAAAUCUACUGUUUCUGCUAUAACUUCAUCAUCUCUACAAAACUCUCCAGAUACUGAAAUCUGUGACCAGACAUUGAGUGCAAAGAUUGAUAUAAACGCUUCAGAGGAGAAAUAUAAUGAAGUUGAGAGUGAUGAAGAUUUGCCUUCUUUUUCAGAUGUUGAAGCUAUGAUUUUUGACAUGGACCUUGAACCGAUUGGUCAAGACCGGUACGAGUUGGAAGCUACGAGAUAUCGAAACGAGGACAUGGCGCGAAUGAUAAUGAGACUAGAGCAGAGUGCUGAAUCUUUCGUGAGCCGUGACAUUUCUGCUCAUGGAGCUUUUGCUCUUCUAUAUGGAAGCACUAAGCAUUACAUUAACAAACCAGAGGUGUUACUUGGAAGAGUGACAGGCGAAUAUCCAGUGGAUAUCGACUUAGGAAGUUCAGGGUCUAAAACAAAAUUCUCUCGACGACAGGCUCUGAUCAUGUUGAAGCAAAACGGAUGUUUUGAAAUCAAGAAUCUUGGAAAAUUUUCGAUAUGGAUAAAUGAUCACGAGAUUAAUCAUGGAGAAAUUGUCGCUCUCAAGAACAGUUGCUUAAUUCAGAUACGAGAGAUAUCGUUCAUAUUUGAGAUGAAUGAGAAAGCAGUCAAAAAAUAUCUAAACGGAUUUCUCAAAUGAGAGAGGAUACAUAUAUUACUUUAUAGGAUGUUGUUGAUACUCCAUUAUUGUGUAAUGCUUGUAUGAUAAUCCAAACUUUACCACGUGAGUUUGGUUGCUCUAAUCAA